AUGCUCAACAAUGGAUAUUAUGAGAGGUUCUUCAAGGAAUCGCCACAACGGCUCGGCUCGGGGUCAUUCGGAACAGUGUAUCACUGCGAGCACGUCAUAGACGGGGUGAUGCUCGGCGACUAUGCCGUUAAGAAGGUCCCAGUAGGGGACAAUAGGAUCUGGCUCAGGAAGAUGGUUCGAGAGGUAACUCUUGAGAGGAUUGCGGCUCAUCCCAAUAUAGUGUCGUAUAAGCACAGCUGGUUGGAACUCCAUCGUUCUAAUGAAUUCUGUCCCUACGUACCACACCUUUUCAUACUCAUGUCAUUCUGUGAUGGUGGCUCUCUGGCGGACAGAAUAUUCGGGUACUUCCAACUCCACUGCGGUCU